GCGCAGAUGGCUCUGGGCGGCGCGAUGCUGCGGACGACGCUCCGCCUCUGCGCUCUGUCGCGACGCGUCCGCUCGGCCUCCGCCGCUUCCAGCGCCUCCAUGUCGACCCUGCUGAUCAGCCAAGGCCGCUACUCGUGGCUCCAGGAGCUGGGGCUUCGCGAGGAGAACGAGGGCGUCUACAAUGGCUCCUGGGGAGGCCGAGGAGAGGUAGGCAGCCACGGGCGGGAGCAAGCCUGAAAGUCACGGCAGCCAAAUUUGGAGUCCAAUCCGGAUUUGCAGUUCUCCAUGUGCUCCCGAGCAUAGACAUCUGACUUUAGCAGGGUUUCACGAAACAGCUUUAUUCCUGUUAUUCUUUUCAUUUAUAUACAUUGCAACCACCAGUGCCGGAUUUACGUAUGAGCUAAACAAGCUAUAGCUUAAGGUCCCACUCUCUUGGGAGCCCCCCAAAAAAUUUAAAGGAAAAAAAAUAUUAAUAUACUACUUCUUAGUUGUAUUUCGGUUCAACAAUUACUUUGAUAAAAUGCAUAUUUUGUUAUGUGCAAGUGGCUUUAGAUACCUAUCAGGUCCAUAAAUUACCAUAUAGCAUAUAUUCAACACAAAAAACAGCUGGACAUAUAAAGGGCUCCAUUACCUUCAGUAGUUUGGGGUCUCAUCAAACCUAAAUCCGGCCCUGAUUGCAACAAUGAUUUAGCCAUCAUUGUAACAUUUUCACAUCAUUGUAACAUGCUCAUGCUAAAAUGAUUGUAAAUUUUUUGAAAUGUAUAAAAUUGAAAAUCACAAAUUAAAAAAAUCCUCUCUUCUCAUAUCUAAUACAGUAUAUGUUUUCAAAACUGCAGGUUUUUAUGAUGACCCUGCCAACGUCUUGAUCUGUUUGCAGCUUGUUAUUAUUUAAACUUUUAAAAUAAUUUUCAUUUAUAUACAUUGCAACAAUUAUUUAGCUAUAAUUGUAACAUUUUUACUUUUGACUCCCUUCUCCCUCUUUCUGCAGUCCCUUGCGUUUAAUUUCAUCCUUUCCUGCAUGCUCCGAAUUGUGGUAUUCUUUUAAUCCUCUCUUCUCAUAUCUAUCUUAUAUAUGUUUUCAAAACUGCAGGUUUUUACGAUAAUCCUGCCAAUGUCUUGAUCUGUUUGCAGCUCCCUCUCUAUACUACAAUUCCCAUCCUCCCUAACCUCUGGUCCUACUAGCUUGGCAUGAUGGGAGUUGUAGUCCUCAAAAAGCAGCCGCCUUUGGGAAACCCCACUUUAGACAAAGGCUGAAAAGACAGUGAAGAUUAGCUGGAAGCGAAAUACAGUGAUUUAUUGUGGUUAAUUAACAUGGGAGCGUUGGUAGCAAGUUAGCCCACGCUGGGGCAUGUCUAACAUGCCCCUGCGGUGCACUUUAUAUUUGAAAAAGCCUUCAUCCCGAGACACCACAAUGGUGCCACAAUUGCAUUUCCCGAUAAAUUGCAAUUUCUGAAGUUCUGCGAUGGCCAAGUCCGGCUACAACCAGGUUGCUUUCAGAAGUCGGAAUGUCCUCAGGUUUAUGAUGUGAGAUGUGUGCCUGUUCAUAUUCUGUGGAAAAGGAGCCUGCCUUUUAAUGUGUAACCUUUCAGUGGUUUUGAAACACACUUGAUUUUGUCUAUCUUUUAACAAAAAUGUUGCCCUUUACCAGUUGCCAUAGUCCGUUUCCUGGCGGAAUCGGCAGGAGAAAGGGACACGUUAAUCAUUCAUAUUGUUGGGCUGAGAAAAUGUUUGUCCUUUGGCUAUACGCCUACCUUUGGACCUUCUCUUUCUGGAGAUGUUUGGGUACCCUACUUGGAGGGCUCCCAAAGACAUCUAGCCUGGCCACUGUAGGUAGAUGCUGGUCGAGAGGGAAGAAUUCCAGACCCAGUAGGCCUUCCUUAGUUAUUUAUCAUGCAUAUGUAUAGCCUGCUCUUUAAUAAUACCACGAUACUAUAAUAUCCAGAAUAUCAAACCAUAAGAAUACGGAAACAUGCUACUUAGGGCUCUUGCCUGGUCUCUUGGGCAGAGUAGGAACUGCUUCUGGAUCACCAAGCAAGAAAAAAAUCUAUAAUUGGCUGCUAACUCUUGUGUACAUCUGCAUAAUAAUAAUAAUUUAUUUAUACCCCGCCCAUCUGACUGGGUGGGCAGCUCCCAACAGAAUAUUAAAAAUACAAUAAAAUAUCAGACAUUAAAAACUUCCCUAAACGGCUGCCUUCAGUUGUCUUCUAAAAUUUGUGUAAUUCUUGAAAUCCGAAGGGAGGGUGUUCCCUGUAAACACUAAAGUUUACAGACGCUUCAGGUUACAGACUCCGCUAACCCAGAAAUAGUACCUCGGGUUAAGAACUUUGCUUCAGGAUGAGAACAGAAAUUGACUGCAGCGUGUGGGCGUGAGCGAUGCGGAUGGCAGGCCCCAUUAGCUAAAGUGGUGCUUCAGGUUAAGAACAGUUUCAGGUUAAGAACGGACCUCCAGAACGAAUUAAGUUCUUAACCCGAGGUACCACUGUACUUAGAAGUGAAUCCCAUUGAAUUUGGCCUUAAAUGCACUCGGGAGAAGAAAUAUAAUUGCCUCAAUCCAGAGACGGGCAGCGGAAGGCUGCAUGUUUUGUUUGAUGGUCCCAUCUCUCCAGAGCAAGGCUGCUUCAUAGGAAUCCAAACUCAGGAUCUGUGUAUCAUCUUAUGGGUUUUCCCCACGACGGUACUGCUCAGUGUGCCCAUAGCUUGCUUUGGUGUGCAGAUUGUGGUUCUCAUUCUGCUGCAGAUCAGGGUGAGUGUAUUUAGAUUGAGAUAAUAGGGCCAUCCAUACUAUGUCCUUUCCCGAUGUAUAAGUGACUCUUGAACCAUAAUCCUUAAAGCUAGAGAAGAAGCUAUGUUCUUGGUGACUAAAGGGCACAUCUUUCUCUCUUUAGGUCGUGACGACAUACUGCCCUGCAAACAAUCAGCCAAUUGCCAGAGUUCGUCAGGUAAGGUUCUUUCUUUCUCUCUUUGAUCAAGUCUAUAGAUAAAUGCUACACUGGAAAUUUUUGCAAUACUCUUCGAAUAGCCAAAGGCUAGGUUUGGAAUGUCAGUAGAGCUAAUUGGGGAGGGGCUGUGGAAAAGUAGCUGAGAGCAGCGGAAGAUGGAAAUUUUAUGGUUGUACGCUCCCUUCCUUUGCUGGAUUUAAAUCACAUGUGUUGAAAUGGUGGUUGCACCACAGAUAUGGGUUCGUGGUAUAUUUCCUCUUUUAUUCUACCACUUCAGGCAAACUAUUUCCAAAGGUUCUGAAGCUUUUUAUGUUCAAAUAGCACCACCUUCUUCCAUAAAACUAGAAUUUGCUGGCUGGGUACAUUCUUUUUCCAUUGCUGUUUUCUACAAGAGUCAAAAAAUUACAAACGUUGUGACUCUUGUUUAUUUAAAAAAUAUAUCAUUACAGGCCAGUAUCGAAGACUAUGAAGAAACACUAAAGAAAGCUAAGGAAGCCUGGAAAGUAUGGGCAGAGGUAAGUUUGAAUUCCUUAAUAUUUUUCUGAAAUACAGGCAGCCUCCCGUUUACACAGGGGUUGUGUUCAGGAGCACCUCGCAGGUCGGCGAAAUCAUGUGUAAUUGAAUCCCAUUGAAAAAGCCUGCAAACGCCGACCCCCGUUCUGCCCCUUUAGUGACAGGACAACAACAACAACAACAACAACAAUUUAUUAUUUAUACCCCACCCACCUGGCUGGGUUUCCCCAGCCACUCUGGGCAGCUCCCAACAGAAUAUUAAAAACACGAUAAAACAUCAGACAUUAAAAAUGUCCCUAAACAGGGCUGCCUUCAGAUGUCUUCUAAAAGUCAGGUAGUUGUUUAUUUCCUUGACAUCUGAUGGAAGGGCAUUCCACAGGGCGGGUGCCACUACCAAGAAGGCCCUUUGCCUGGUUUCCUGAUGUUUCCAAGUCACUUCUGGGUUCGGCACUAUUCGCUUACACACAGUCGUGCGUGCAUUGAAUGCGCAUAAACGGAGUACAUUCUUUGAUGAGCCACAGACUCAUUAAACUCAUUUUUAUUAAGCAACGCCGUUAGAUUCUGAUGCGUUUGCCUUAAUUUGUGUGAGUCCUCUUUCUGAUGCUUUAUGCCUUACGCUGCCACUGUAAGCAGUUGCUAUUAGAGUUGUGCUUUACAGGUGGCAGUUUGUGUGGUAGAUCUGUGACUUCAUUAGUACUAGAAGACCAAACGGCAACACCAAUAUUUCAAAGAUGCGGGUCAUAGAAAGGGAAGCCACGACUUUUGAAGAACUAAAGACGCAUUUUGGAACACUUGCAUUUUUGAAAAACAUCUGCAUCUCUCGACAUGCAGAUUUAUUUCAAUUGUCUUAUGUAUUCUCACAAAUAUAUAUACAUAUACACACACACAAUGGGAAGUGUUCAGAAGCAUCUGUAGUUUUUGAAAUACCAAAUAAAUUUUUCUUCGGAUUUCCCUGGAAUUCAGACAAGUUGUGUCACUCAAGAAAUCACCCACGAUAUUUUUUUUCAACUGAUAGGAUUAGUUACCUUGAUACUUCCAAUGGUGUUAAUAGAGAUUGCCUCAUCUGGAUACACGAAGGGAUGCUGGUGGCGCUGUGGGUAAAACCUCAGCGCCUAGGACUUGCUGAUCGUAAGGUCGGCGGUUCGAAUCCCCGCGGCAGGGUGAGCUCCCGUCGUUCGAUCCCAGCUCCUGCCCACCUAGCAGUUCGAAAGCACCCCUAAGUGCAAGUAGAUAAAUAGGUACCGCUUUAUAGCGGGAAGGUAAACAGCGUUUCCGUGUGCGGCGCUGGCUCACCAGUGCAGCCUCGUCACGCUGGCCACGUGAUCCGGAAGUGUCUUCGGACGGUGCCGGCUCCCGGCCUCUUGAGUGAGAUGAGUGCACAACCCUAGAGUCAGUCACGACUGGCCCGUACGGGCAGGGGUACCUUUACCAUCUGGAUACACAUUAUUUAAACGUACGGUUUUGGACAAAGUCCACAGUGUUUUGUAAGACUGGGCUUAAACCCGUUUUUCUCUUCUUUAUCUAGGUUCCUGCACCCAAACGAGGAGAAAUUGUGAGACAGAUUGGUGAUGCCCUGAGAAAGAAAAUCAAUGUUUUGGGAAAUCUGGUACGGUUUGCUGCUGCGACAGUAAUCGCUCUGGCUGAAAGUUUUGGGACCAUGUCUAAAAUACAGCCACGUCUGUAAAAUAAGAAAUGAUACAAUUUCAUUUGUGUGAAUACCGUGGGGUUGCAAACCCCGACAAUCGGCAACUGAUCCUAAGUGCUUGCAAAGUGCAGAGCUCUGCUUUGCCCUCACAAUUCGAUUCCAAACUGCCUGGGCCAAAAUGGACCACCCGGCGCCAUUUUGACAGCAGGUGAUUGACUGCCCGCCUGUCAGACUUGACACAUGGGAACUGAGGGGAUGGGGAUCCAGUCCACUGGUCGGUGCAGUUCCUUGCCUCUGAUUCAUAUAGGGCUUAGUAGAAUAUUUCCUAUUCAGUGAUUGAACAGGACCAACAUAUUUCCUUAAUACCGUCAGGUUUCUUUGGAGAUGGGGAAGAUCUCUGCUGAGAGUGUUGGCGAAGUCCAAGAAUAUGUGGAUGUCUGCGAUUACGCAGUUGGCUUAUCCCGGAUGAUUGGUGGACCUGUCUUGCCUUCAGAAAGUAAGCAUGUGUCUUUCCCUUUUUUCUUUCUGAAUACAUAGGUAAAGGUAAAGGGACCCCUGACCAUUAGGUCCAGUCGUGGCCGACUCUGGGGUUGCGGCGCUCAUCUCGCUUUAUUGGCCAAGGGAGCCAGCAUACAGCUUCCGGGUCAUGUGGCCAGCAUGACUAAGCUGCUUCUGGCGAACCAGAGCAGCGCACGGAAACGCAGUUUACCUUCCCGCUGGAGCGGUACCUGUUUAUCUACUUGCACUUUGACGUGCUUUCGAACUGUUAGGUUGGCAGGAGCGGGGACUGAGCAACAGGAGCUCACCCCGUUGCAGGGAUUCGAACCGCCAACCUUCUGAUCGGCAAGUCCUAGGCUCUGUGGUUUAACCCACAGCGCCACCCACGUCCCUCUCUGAAUACAUACUGGAUGCUAUUAAGUAACCCAGGGCAGGAAAAUCUCAGCACUGUCAACUUUGCAGCUGCAUUUCACGGCUGUUAUCUUGAGCAUGUUAGCACAGUGAAGAAAAUUUGUAUUUUCUUGUAUUUUCCUCCAAGGAGCAGGCUGAGUGAUGCCUUCAUGGGUUCCAGCGGAAUAAGUUAUCAUCCCUAUGGAUCACCUUGUAUAACUCCUCAAAAUGCACAAAUAAAUGGGAUGCAAGCGCGAGAUUCUCCUUGCCAAACCUUGCUUCCCCCUCAGAAUACAAAACUAGGAAGAAAUAAGCUCUUCUGGCAGGAUUGCAGCCUUGAGAUAACAACAGAUAUAACUUUCAUUGCAUGGCUAACAGUUGGGUGUGGACUUUUCAGUUACUCGGCUAGGAGCGCUCCAGUUUUCAGUGAGCUGAGGUGGGAGGUUUAACCCUUCUCUUGCGUUGGGAGAAUGAAGGAUCACACCUCCACUUCCCCAUGUACUGUGGUCCUAGUGAAAAUCCAUUCAGCUGGCAUUAUUUUUUUUUCCAAGUAGCACAGGUAAAUAGGUUGAAAUGGAUGUAUUGAAUAGUAUAUGUGAAAUAUGCGGCAUUUAUGGGUAACACUGGAAACCAUGGAAGGGAAGUCCACGGGUGAAGAAAUUUAUGGGGGUUUUUUUGUUUUUGUGAAAAAUCAAUAAAUAAGAUUGUGGCAUUUGCCUCCUAUGUGAGUCAUAAGGAAAGGGUUAAAUGAGUGUGAUGUGAUUGGCCAGAGAGAAACUGAUAGGAGGAGUUAGAGUGAGAGUCGGAGUGUGUGGAAGUCAGUUGAGAGUUGAAGAAGGAAGAGGGAGGAAUAGUCUGUGGGUUGAUCGAGUUGUGUGGUGAGAGAGUGAGAGGAACUGUUAGGUGGAGUCAGAUAGAUAGUUGGGAUAAUCAGUUUGAAGUUGUUAGGAACGUAUGGGACAGUAAAGGAACUAAGAUUAAGAAACUGCUAAGAAAAAUUAUCUGAAACCAUAAGCUUGUUCAUGCCUAUAAAUAAACUUGAUUAUUUGUUAAUGUUAACAACUGUCUGGACUCUGUGAGUACCCGUGAGAAACGGGUUGGUGGCAGCGAAGAAAGCAAUCACAGUGGUGGCACAGGGUCAAUAGGCCGUCAAACGUCCAGGGGCCCUGUGUGAUCGCCACAAACAUUUACAAAAAAUAUGAUUUUUUUCAAGCAGGUAGCGGUAUACAGUUAAAGUACUUUUAUAUCUUAAAAAAGAGAUCUUAUUUCAGAUUAUAUAAAAAUGCCUGUAAGCACUUUUGGGCUCAAAAAGUAACGAAAUCGUCCAGUAACUGGUGACCUCUUAACUUACAACAGGUGUUGCACCUUUUGAGUAUAUUUCAUGGCUGUUGGAAAUCUGUACACCAUGCUUGAAAAAACCACUAAAUUGGGAGCAACCAUUGAAUUAGGCUCUUGUCGUGCUGGUUUGCGCUCAGUGCCGAAACAUGGUUUAAUGCACUCAAACCAUGGUUUCUCAGGCUGGCUUUUUAAGUUAAGUAGAGUCUGUGUUGAACCAGCGCCUCUGUUUUUAACACAGCAAUAAGUUCAGAUUAUUUUAAAAGCGGAACUUUACCGAGUCAAAGCCGUCCUCCGAAGUAUGCCGGAGGAGAAAGGUAGGGAGGGAGCCUGACUCUUCACUCAAGCUGGUUUCAGCCUUAUCCGCUUGUGGAGCUCAUCCUAUGCAAACAGAGCUAUUUUGUGCUUUGAGGCGAAGGGCUCUGCCGUCCGAUUAUUUACUAAAAUAAGCUCGGUGCCUAAAAAAACUAUCACAAUAAGCUUUACGACACAGCGUGCUUGUGGGGAUGGAAUUUGGCUAAGUCUUGUGUACACUGAGUUCCUUGGAUAACGAGAAGGAUAAAUAGAAUAAAUGAAAUUCUGUGCUCAUCAAAUGUCCUCUCCUUGGCUUUUUAUUUGCAGGGCCUGGGCAUACCUUAAUAGAACAAUGGAAUCCUUUGGGAUUAGUAGGAAUCAUCACAGCUUUCAACUUUCCUGUAGCAGUUUAUGGCUGGAACAACGCAAUUGCAAUGGUCUGUGGCAACGUCUGCCUCUGGUAAGUCGAUCUGUCCUCUUUUAUGGUGAUGGUUUUAACUGGUGGCCUCUAAUCUAACAAGGGGCGCUGCGCCGUUUGAGUAUAUUUCGUGCUUGUUGGAAAGCUGUGCACCGCAGAUGCAGAAACUGGGCGUUGAUGGAUUCCAACUCCCAUGAGCUCAGUCAGCAUGGCCAAUGGUUGAGGAUGGUGGGAGUUGUAGUCUAGCAACUGGCCACCUCAUGAGAAGAGAAGACUCCCUGGAAAAGACCCUGAUGUUGGGAAAGAUGGAGGGCACAAGGAGAAGGAGACGACAGAGGACGAGAUGGUUGGAUAGUGUUCUCGAAGCUACCAGCAUGAGUUUGACCAAACUGCGGGAGGCAGUGGAAGACAGUAGUGCCUGGCAUGUUCUGGUCCAUGGGGUCACGAAGAGUCGGAUACGACUAAACAACAACAACAAAAAACAUCUGAACGGCCACAAGUUCCCCGACCCUUCCGUAUGCUAAGUAUUUAUUCCCUACACAGCAGUUCUCUGGAAUGUACUUAAAGCAGCGACUGUUUCCAUUUCUUUAUUGAAUCUCUGUUCAGCAGCUAAGAUAGUCGCCUAGAACUACCGAGUCAUAUUUUUACAAUGGAAAGAUUAUGAUGCUUAUUUGGUUCGGUACCCUGGCUAUUGGACACUUGGGACCAAGUGAAGAUGCCGGACAUCUCCACCCUCUGCCUGGGGAUCAUUAGAUCUAGACUGUUCUCACACACUAGCAACACAUUCUGUAGAAUUCUAUCUGUUAUAUUUUAUCUGCACAAUCGGAAUGAAUUUCAGGAACCAAAAUGCUUUUUCUGUGCAGCCUGAGCAGGAGCAGUGAAUGAGAUUAUAGUUAAUUGUUCUAGCUUAUUUUAACUUAUCCCACCUCACUGCUGGGCUCGCAGUUGGGAAUAAUUUUCUUGUAUUAUGAAUGGUCCGUGUCACUGCUAAGAAAGAGGUCGGAACAGGCCAAUAUAUAGUUGGACUGUCCCUGGAUCAAGUGACUUUUUCCCUUUAAGUUCUUGAAGUUCUUAAACUAGCUGAAGGUUGUCAUCUGAACCAGCCAGAUGCUUAACUGAGAAUCAAUCACAGUCAGUCCAUCGUUUGAAAAACAAGACUUUAGAGUCAUCUUGCCCUGAAAUGGCAACAAGGCAUUCCAUUUUGGCAACUGUAACCUUGGUUUAAGGAGACAUUUGGCAUGUAGCUUAUACAUCUUGAGUUUCUAACUCUGUACCCAAGUUUUAAGUAACCAAACAUUGGUGGCCUGUUACUUCAAAGUUGCAUGUUGUUUGGAGUUUUCUCAUUUUAGCACCUGUUAAAAUGAAAAGAUGAAAACCUGGUAAUCUACUGAUUUAGGUAAUUUUAGGUGUUCUAACGUAGCAGUUUCUUAAAAUAUCAUGCAAUGUUCAUUUUAAAAUAAGCAGUUGGGAAGAAUAAUCUUUCCUGGUUUGUUUCCCUCCAAAGGAAAGGUGCUCCCACAACGUCGCUCGUUAGUGUCGCUGUUACAAAGUGAGUUUUCACUUAUCUUUGUUGCUAGAACCUCUGUGCUUCCUUUCUGUCUCCUGUUCAUUCUUCUGCAUUGUUUUAAGAAGCUGGCUGAGUGCUGCCUUCACUGCAGCUUGCAUUCUGGGCUUCUCUGGUAGCGUCUGAAAUGAGAGGUCUAUGUCAACCUCCCUACUUUGGUUUCAUUAGGGAGGGAUGCGGAUAAUAAUAAUAAUAAUAAUUUAUUAUUUAUACCCCACCCAUCUGGGCUUCCAACAGAAUAUUAAAAACGUGAUAAAACAUCAAACAUUAAAAACUUCUGUAAACAGGGCUGCCUUCAGAUGUCUUCUAAAAGUCAGAGAGUUGUUUAUUUCCUUGACAUCUGACGGGAGGGCGUUCCACAGGGCGGGUGCCACUACUGAGAAGGCCCUCUACCUGGUGCCCUGUAACUUCACUUCUCACGGUGAAGAAACUGCCAGAAGGCCCUGGCAGCUGGAUCUCAGUGUCCAGGCAUAAUGAUGGGGGUGGAGACGCUCCUUCAGGUCUACUGGGCUGAGGCCAUUUAGGGUUUUAAAGGUCGGCACCAACACUUUGAAUUGUGCUCGGAAAUUUACUGGGAGCCAAUGCAUGUCUCUCAGGACUGGUGUUAUGUGGUCCCAGCGGGCACUGCAAGGUCAUGUAUGAGCUGCCUCUUCUCCACAUAGUUCCACAUCUCAUUUUGGGUGGUUUCUACAAACCCUCCAGAAGAGAUUUAGGGGGUGAAUGUUGGGGAAGGAGGGGAAAGUCCUGUUGACCAAGCCGAAGUUGUUCUGUGCAUGCUUCCAGCUAGCUCUCCAUUGAAUACGACCUUUUCGUCUGUGCGUUUGGCAAGGUGAUGAAAAGUCAAGUCUCACUGUGUCCUGCACGUGUAAUCCUUUUGCCAAUGAACCAUCAGGACAUCUAAUGAAUCUUCUUUCCUUGUUUCCUAGAAUAGUUGCCCAGGUUCUGGAGGACAACAAACUGCCUGGUGCUAUCUGCUCUCUGGUCUGUGGUGGGGCAGAUAUUGGGUAGGUGCAACGCUUGGUAUUUUUAUGCACAGUUUGGGAAUAUAGUCUGGUGAAUCUUGUUAAAUCUCUGUUAACCUCUUAACGGUCCUUUUAAUCUACAGCUGCAAAUGUUUCCUACUCUAUUGACUCAUUGCAUCAGAACAACAACGAGGCUUCGCUUAAACUGUGAUCUCCUUACUAAAGGAAAACCCAUCCCCUCAGUAGACAUAGAUUUGACACAACCACGCUGUCCCCUGCAUAUCUGCUUGGAAGUAAAUUCCGCUGGGUAUGGCGGGGCUCACUCCAGAUAAAGGAUUGCAUUGUGCACCCCUAUCACAAAUAUGAUGGCUAGAAAUGUCAGCUUCACUAGGAAUUUGAAUUUACAGGAAGAAACCACACCUGUCCCUGAUCACUCAUUCUAAGAGCCAUUCUGAAUCUUCCUCAAGGUUCCAUUUUGCACACUUAAAAGGAAUAGCUGUCUUGUGGCAACUUUGGUGUGCUUUCCCUCCAGAUACAAAAACUUUCAAAUAUACGUGCUCCAUAAUCUUUGAGUGGCAGAGCGGAACGCUAAAGCGGUGGUUUCAAAAUUUUACCCCUUGGGCCAUUUGAAAAUUGCUGGUGGUCUUGGUGACCACUUAAUGAUCUUUCUUGGUGGACCACUUUAUGAUCUUUCUGCAAUUGCGAUAACUUUGGGCUAGAUCCGGCAUGAAUUUUAAUUGCAUUUUACGGCUAAUAUUUCUUUUGCUUCGUUGUUAUUGCCAUUUGCAUUCCAUAGAGUUCUGAUUGUGAUGCGAUCAAAUGCAGUGUAGGAAACAAAAGAAGCAAUAGAUUCGGAAAAAUGAAUGCACACAUGGCAUGGGACGGCAGAAGGAAGCUUGUUCAUGCUGUUAAAAAUACAGACUUUCCGUUAGACAAAUAGCGAAGUUGAUGGCUGAGGAGUGUCACAAGAAUUAUAUAUUUAAUUGGCACAAAUGCAACGUGUUUUGAGAGUGAGGGGCAGGGCUCCCCCUUCCUCCCACCCUAACAUACUUUCUCAUUCUACCUGUUUUGCCACUGACUAAGAAUCUUCCUCUGUCCUCUGUAGCAAAGCAAUGGCAAAGGAUGAAAGAGUGGAUCUCUUGUCCUUCACUGGUAGCACCAAUGUGGGCAAGCAGGUAGCGAUGGUGGUUCAGGAGAGAUUUGGUAAGUGGCGUAGCGUGAUCCAGUAUCUCUUCUGAAUUCAAGGAGUCUUACAAUUUUCCAUGUUGCCAACUGCCCCGUGUUCUUCAGGUGAAGAGCAGUACACAAAUUCUAAUUAUUAUUAUUAUUAUUAUUAUUAUUAAUAAUAAUAAUAGGCAAGUGGAAAGAGUGCUGGCUUUCUUCCAGCAGAACUCUUCCUAUGUUCUUACAAGAAGCAUCAUGCACAAGUCCUUCGCAUGCACAUAGAGGAAUUCUGAAUUGUGGCCUGCAUUAAGGGUUUUUUUCAGCUUACUAAAGAAGCUGCUUUUUUAAACAACAACAACAACUUUGACUCCCUUCUUCUUUUGUGGGCCUCUUUAUUUAUUUAGUCCAUAAAUUUUAUACACUGCUUGGUUGUUGUUUUUUAUAAAAAAAAAACACCCGCUCAAACCGGCAAAGUCAUUAUGACAACCGGGCGUGAGGAGGGCAUAUUCCUAGCUAGGAAUUGUGGGUAAUGUUCACAUGGCUUACUGCUUUUUUAUUUCAAUAGGACGGUCUCUGUUGGAGCUUGGUGGAAACAACGCUAUUAUAGGUAAUUAAUAUUUUCAUUAAACGUUAAAGCCGGUCUCUGGCUGAGUGAAUGUGCAUGGCCAAUGGCUUUGCUGCACGUACUUAGGAUUUUCCUGGAAAUUUGAGUCCAUGUGAUUGACUGAAACGCAGGCUCUGCUUCGUGAUGAGCUGCUGGUGUUUACAUUUAAGAGGGUGCUCAAAAUCUGUUUUGAAGUGGCACUUAAUAGCCUUUCCUUUCAACUUCACUCCACCAAAUGAAGGUCUUUUGCUUCAUUUGUUACUUGCCACGUUCCUGUCCAAAAUUCUUCAGAGUCCUCUUUGGCCUCCUAAUGCCAGCAAAUAAGAUUCCAGAGAAAAAACUGGGGUACCCUUGUUUUUCUUGAGCAUAAAGUCGGGGGCCAGAUGGCACCCCCAGUUGCUUUGUGGCGUUUGCUACAGUUCCAGAUCAAUGGUAGGAGCAGAAUGGUUGCAGAGCUGUUAUAUGUGGAUUGGAGUUGCAGUUCAGCAACAGCGAGAAGGCCAGAAGUUCCCUAUAGAAGACGUUUCUGCUUUCUCUUUUUUGUACAGUGUAUGUUUUGCACUAUCCAGUUAUACUCCACUGUGUACCUGUCUCACCAGAUCCGCGGGGAACUGGGCGAUUCGCCUUGAUUCAAAACAAAAGGGGGUUUUCAGUUGUUACUCAGAGUAAAAAAUUAGAGUUGAAAUCAGUGGAUUGAACUUAGUUAUGUUUGGUGAUUUUAACUACUACCUACAAGUGUUUUUUGGGUUUUUUGGGAUGCGGGUGGCGCUGUUGGUUAAACCACAGAGCCUAGGACUUGCCGAUCAGAAGGUCGGCGGUUCGAAUCCCCGUGACGGGGUGAGCUCCUGUUGCUCGGUCCCUGCUCCUGCUAACCUAGCAGUUCGAAAGCACGUCAAAGUGCAAGUAGAUAAAUAGGUACCACUCCAGCGGGAAGGUAAAUGGCGUUUCCGUGUGCUGCUCUGGUUCGCCAGAAGUGGCUUAGUCAUGCUGGCCACAUGACCUGUACGCCGGCUCCCUCGCCCAGUAAAGCGAGAUGAGCGCCGCAACCCCAGAGUCGGCCACGACUGGACCUAAUGGUCAGGGGUCCCUUUACCUUUACAAGUUUUUUAUGUGUGUGGCUGUUGGCAAUUCUGUACUCUGAGGCCUUUCAGGUGUUUUGCUACUGCCUAUAAAGGCCAUUGAAUGCUUUCAGAAUCAAAACCUGCUUCUCUCUUCCCUAAUGCUAUUUUCUAUUUUGAAAUCAUUUUUAUUUGGUUUUACAAGUACAAAGUUGUAAAAAUCCAAAUAUAUAUCCACAUACAGAGAUUCCUCCGAAUCUUGGGACUCCCCGCCCCCUUUAUGGGGUCCCAUUUUGAACAUUUACAACUGCAUAUUCUUCCAUACUCUUAACUUUUAUAUCAAUCCAUCUUGUCCAUGGUAUUCGUUACAAAACAAGUGAAAUCAAAAUCCUGCCAAUGUUUCCAUCUGCUUACAGUGGUCUCCUAAACAACUUAUAAAAAUUUCCCCAUUCUUUUGUAAAGUUUUUGUCCUCUUGGGUUCUGAGUUUUCCAGGCAUCUUUGCCAUCGCUCUUCCCUCAUGCUUCUUGACUGACUGCUCAGACUGUCGGUGAGAGUCUCCUCCGUCUCCCCAGUUGCAUCUGAAUUCUCCCCUUUCUGUAUCUUCUCAAUGCCUUGCAGUCUUCGAUGAUGCCGACCUUCAGCUGGUCAUUCCGUCGGCCCUUUUUGCGGCCGUGGGGACAGCAGGCCAGAGAUGCACAACUGCCAGAAGGCUGGUAAGAAGCGCUGGGAUUUCCGUGUCUUCUCCAAACGCCUGUUUGGAUGGUAGUUGGACGCCUGCAGUGGCGUUAGGAACAGUUGUGGCUUGUGCCCAGGGCUGAAUUUGAUGAGGCCCUAAGCUACUGAAGGUAACGGGGCCCUUUAUAUGUCCAGCUGUCCUUUGUCAACAACAAAUUGCUGCUGUUUUUUGUGUUGAAUAUAUGCUGUAUGGUAUUUUAAUAGGUAUCUAAAGCCAUUUGCACAUAAUAAAAUACAGUGGUACCCCUGGUUAUGAACUUAAUUCCUUCCGGAGGUCUGUUUUUAACCUGAAACCGUUCUUAACCUGAGGUACCACUUUAGCUAAUGGGGCCUCCCGCUGCUGGCACACGAUUUCUGUUCUCAUCUUGAGGUAAAGUUCUUAACCCGAGGUACUACUUCCGGGUUAGUGGAAGUCUGUAACCCGAGGUGUUUGUAACCCGAGGUACCACGAUAUGUAUUUUAAUAUUAGAUAACAGGUACAACAGCUAGACCUACAUUCAACUGUGCUGCGCUGCAGUCUGCAGCUGCCUGCUACAUGUGGCCAUGCAGCCAGUCCAUGCAGAAUGUAGGCACCCUAUAUAUAGAAAUCAGCAAACCAGUGAUAUUUUAGGGAGCAGGCAAGCAGGCCGGGCCCAUUACUUCCAUCAUAGGAGCCUACACAACCCAAAACACUGUUGCAGUAUGUAGGUUUUAUUUUAUUUGUUUUUUACCUUAUAUUUUUGAAAUGUACAUCCAGGUUUUUUUGCCUUUAAUUUUUUUGGGGCCCCCAAGAGAGUGGGGCCCUAAGCUAGAGCUUGUUUAGCUUAUACGUAAAUCUGGCACUGCUUGUGCCCGUUGGGGCUGGUAGGUUGGCAGGCCAACGGCUCGGUAGAGCCAGAGCCCAACAGUCGACAGAGCCAGGUAGUUAUCGCUUUGACCCCCUCUUGGCCAUCCUCCUUGCUGGGAUUGUGCAAAGGGUGACACUUCCACUAAGGAAAAAGAAGUGAGUAAGCCUGGCUGACGACGGACUGAGCUUGGUUUGUCCUAAGGCAGGCAAAGGCAAACUCGGCCCUCCAGAUGUUUUGGGACUACAACUCCCAUCAUCCCUAGCUAACAGGACCAGUGGUCAGGGAUGAUGGGAGUUGUAGUCCCAGAACAUCUGGAGGGUCGAGUUUGCCUUUGCCUAUCCUAAGGGACCAGCCUCCACCUGUUAGGAGCGGCUCUUGUUUUUGUGCAUGCCUGUUGCUCCCCUUCUCCUGCCUGAGCAACACAAUAUCUGUCCAGUUCCAGGAAGGAGAAGUCGUCUGAGUGCAUCAGCAGUUUUAAGCACUGCUCACUCUGCAACAGUCUGACUGCCCGUAGAAACUUUUCAAUGACGGACUUCCUAUUGGCCGCCCGUUAUGCUGGAAGGGAGCUCUUUCGCUUGAAACAUUAAAAAUUAGAAAUUGCUUGAAAGAAAACAAAUAGGCCUAGGAUUAAAUUAAGUUAUAAUUAAAUAAAUGGGAUUCAGAAUGUUAAGAAAACUGAAUAAGAUGGACUAUAACUGGAAAUUGUUUUAAUAAUGAUAUGGGAAAGCUGUUACUUUUAACUACAAGGAAACUCAGAAGGGAGAGACUUGAGGAAGUCAACCAAGAUGCUUAAAAGGUUGGACUUGUGAAGAAUUGAGUUAGUUGUUAUUGUUUAUCUGUUUAUUGUUCCUCUUUCUAAAAAAAAGAAAAGAAAAGAAAAAAGAAACUUUUCAAUGAAUCAUUACAUAACUAUUAGGUAUGCUCCUGUUGCAUUACUAUGUAAUUUAUGUGAAAAUACUCCACAUCAUAAUGAUGGAAUGCUCCGUUUGUUGUCGUUUGUGUAUGCCUUCCAUCAUCAUUAAUAUAAUAAUAAUAAUAAUUUAUUUAUACCCCAAUAACAAUAAUUUAUUUAUACUGGGUUUUCCCCGCCACUCUGGGCGGCUCCCAACAGAAUAUUUAAAACACGAUAAAACAUCAAACAUUAAAAACCUCCCUAAACAGGGCUGCCUUCAGAUGUCUUCUAAAAGUCACAUAGCUGUUUAUUUCCUUGACAUCUGAUGGGAGGGCGUUCCACAGGGCGGGUGCCACUACCAAGAAGGCCCUUUUAGCAAAGAAUGGAACCAGAAGAAGUCUGGUUAAUUCCGAAGCGAUUAUCUUUCUUUAAAUUUGUCUCCAGCACAGUUUGGAUUGGUGCGGUUCUGUAAAAAUGAUACAUAUUUUUUCCAUCUUUCAAGCAUUGGAUAAAUUUUGCUUGCCAAAUGAGCCAUGCUUAGCCAACAGAUCACAGGCUUCAUAGCAGCCUAGGGAAAAUCCCAAAUGUUCUUUUAAUAUUCUUUUUUUUAUUCCAAAACCAUUAGUUCUAAACUCAAAGGGGGAUAUCUUGUAGAGCAAGAUUUCCCCUCCUUCCCCCCUGACCUGUUUUCCAAAUCUCCUAUGGAGGGUCCAUAAGCUUUUCAAGGUGUAUUUUGGGAUGUUGGGGCUGCAGGAGGAGAAAAGAGAGACCCAUUCUAUUAAUGGAUGUCUGCUUGUGCGUGAUGUUUGAUGUCUCCCAUUAUUACUGCUCGCUUUUGAAAUAAGGUUAUUUAAAUUCUGAUCAGAUCUCCCUAGUUCACAAUGAAUAGGAAAAUACAGUUCCGAAUUGCAGGCUUAUGCAAAUGAAUAAAACCCAAUAGGUGAAGCAGAAAUGUUGGCACAUCUCAUUUAAGUCAGCAGUUACUUAAAACCUCAUGGGUUUUAGAGAGAUUUAGGAGAAGUACCUAGCUUUCUCUUGAUUGUGCACAGUGAAAUAAUUCCACGUUUUUUCCUUAAAGACCAAAAUGUGCACUGGAUUCUAAGUCUUUGAUUAAAUGUUUUAACUCAAAGUGCUAUUAUUUGGCUUUAGGCAGACCAAAGUUCUUCAAAUUCUGUUUUAUGGUUUGCCAGACCAAUUGCCGCCUAAAGAGCCCUUUGUAUGCAAAAGGAACUGGAUUCUAGAGCCUUUCGCUACUGCUGUUUGAAUAUGUUGGGCUUUGUUAAUUUCCGCUUUAAACGUCUUGGCAAUUUUACCCUGAGAUGGUGGAAGAAUUUGCCAGCUUUCAAAAAUGCCAUCUGGUUGAGAAAUAGAAUGUGCAUUUCUCAGUACAGUGGUACCUCGGGUUAAGAACUUAAUUCAUUCUGGAGGUCUGUUCUUAACCUGAAACUGUUCUUAACCUGAAGCACCACUUUAGCUAAUAGGGCCUCCCGCUGCUGCCGUGCCGCUGGAGCACGAUUUCUGUUCUUAUCCUGAAGCAAAGUUCUUAACCUGAAGCACUAUUUCUGGGUUAGCGGAGUGUGUAACCUGAAGCGUAUGUAACCUGAAGCGUCUGUAACCCGAGGUACCACUGUAUGUAUCUGCGGAGAAAGAGGAACUUGCCAUAACUUAGUUUGAUAUCAAGGACAGCAUAAAAAUGGAAGUACUUUACAGUCGUAUCUUAGUUUUUGAACAGCUUAGUUCUCUAACGUUUUGGCUCCUGAACACCACAACCCCAGAAGUGAGUGUUCCGGUUUGCGAACUAUUUUUGGAAGCUGAACAUCCGACGGGGCUUCCACGGCUUCUGAUUAGCCGCAGGAAAUUCCUGUAGCCAAUCAGAAGCUGCACUUUGGUUUUUGAACAUUUUGGAAGCCGCACUUUGGUUUUCAAACGUUUUGGAGGUCCUACUUCCAAGGUACGACUGUAUUGGCAUUUUCAACAUUCGGAACAAACUUAUAGCAGCCCCAUUGUUCUCUGCAAGACCUUGGAAGUUAGCGCCUCUGUUGCCAAUCUUCAACCUAUUUUUUUCUUCUAAUGUUUUAUUAGUUUUUGCAUGAAAGCAUCCAUGAUGAAGUGGUGGAGAAACUUGUAAAGGCGUACGCACAAGUCCGUAUUGGAGAUCCUUGGGACGGUAAGAGCUCCUCUUUGCUCUGGGAAGCAUUGCAUGGUGGUUCUUGGUUGCCAUUGGAGUUUGGGAGAACUGAACAGUUGCCCACUUCCCAAACUGCCAUUUCGGGGGGGGUGGAGGAGCGGCUUUCUUCAUAGCUCUGCCUCUUCCUUACAGGAUUACCUGUUAGGUGUCUGAGAAGAAACUCUGUGCGCACACGUGUGUGUGUGGGGGGGGGGGUUUGAACCACCCAAAUGCCUUGCCCAAAACGUUGCUUCUCUUACUUAGGAAGGAGAAGUUGCAUUUUGGCGCAAGAAAAUUGCUUUAAGCAGCUCCAACUUGGGCCAAGCCUAGCUAAUCUGAACUUCUUUCUCUAUAUAUGUAUAUAAUGGUUAAAGAAGAAAGUCUAUGAGUCAUGGUGGAGGGGAGAGCAUGUAUACAACUUCAACAGGGCUUUGUUUGUUUUGUUGCUAUUUUGUUAAUGUUGUUAAUACUGUUUUAUAGAUCUGAAUAGUGCCAUACUUUGUGAAUCCUAUAAUAUGAUAUGAUAUGAUAUGAUAUGAUAUAAUAUUAUAAUGAGUUGGUGUAACUCAGGGGUCAGCAAACUUUUUCAGCAGGGGGCCGGUCCACUGUCCCUCAGACCUUGUGUGGGGCCGGACUAUAUUUUGAAAAAAAAUAUAUGAACGAAUUCCUAUGCCCCACAAAUAACCCAGAAAGGCAUUUCAAAUAAAAGGGCACAUUCUGCUCAUGUAAAAAACACGCUGAUUCGUGAACCGUCCGUGGGCCAGAUUUAGAAGGCGAUUGGGCCGGAUCCAGCCCCCGGGCCUUAGCUUGCCUACCCAUGGUGUAACUGAUGUUUAACUUAUUUUUUAGUUGUUUUGAUAAUAGUGUUACAUAGAUGGUAAUUGUUUUAUUUGGGAUUUGGGAUUGUUUUCCUGUUGAUUUGGUAAGUAUUCUAUAUGAUUUAUGCUGUAUUCGUGAUGUUCUAUUAUGUUAUUUUUAUCUUCUGUUUGUAAGCCGCUUUGGGAUUCAUUUGAAUAAAAAUGAAAAAAAACAAUGGAGCGCGUUACUUCCGGGUUUUGCCGCUUGCGCAUGUGCAGACACUCAAAAGGAUGUCAUGCGCAGAAGCGGCGAAAAGCGAUGCAUGCGUGCACAGACGUGUCAUUGCUAGUUACGUUUGCUUCUGGAUGCGAACGGGGCUCUGGAAUGGAUCCUGUUCGCAUCCAGAGAUACCACUGUAUAUGCAUGUUUUAUACAUGUUUAUUUGCUUUUCUGUUUUAUCAUAUAAUUAGUGCAUAGUAUGUUACAGGCAAACACAUGGUAUUAUGAAAGGGGGGGAAUCACAUAAGCAUAAAACAUUUCUGUAAAUAAUAUAUCUUGAAUUAAUAAUAGUAGCAUAAGUAGGUCCUCCAAUUUAAUUCACUCUUAUAAACCUUAAUUUUAACUCCCCUUCCACCCUUUCUCUGGUUUCCUAUCUGUUGGUCUUUUUGACUGCAUUUUCUUACUUUACUAAAUUAUGUUCAUUACCUUUGUCACAUCUACGGCUGAGUAUUUCUUUCCCCUGGUCUGUUACACUUAUUUUCUUGUUAUAAUAUUUCCCCCAUAUAUUCUUUAUAUUAUGUCCAGCCCUCUUUUGAAUUCUUAAUUGUCUUUAUUUCGAGAGAUGAAUGGCACCUUAGAAUAUUGGAAUAUAUAGAACUUUAUGGCAUGACAAAUAGAUGAAGAAAUAUAGUGCAGUUCUCAAGACGACACAACGGUAGGCAUUGUGGUAAAUGUGAGCUGUGGGCCCUGCUCAGAUAUACACUUUUCUUUUCUUUUUUGCAGCAAACACCCUCUAUGGCCCUCUGCACACGGAGCAAGCGGUGAAGUUGUAUGUUGAUGCCGUGGCCCAGGCCAAACAGCAAGGUGGCUCUGUGGUCUAUGGUGGGAAGGUGAUUAAUCUCAUAAUUACUUGAAAAUCUCUCUAUAUUUUCCCUGCGAUUACAAAAAAAGUUAAAGCUGUCAUCUUGAACGUGUUUCUCUCAACAAUGGUGCACUAUUUUUCUUGGAGGAUAAAAUCUGCUUGCAGGAUGGGUCGAUGAUUAGUUUUAUUUCUGAUCAGGGUUUUCUGGAUGACGGAUAAUUUUAAAACAAAGCCCCACCGUAAAGCCUAGAAGGUGAAAUUCCUUGGUAGUCGUACUCUGAAUGCACCCACUGAUAUCCAUGGGCUUUUCAAAGUUGAUGGGGAAUCUACUGUCUUUGUGAGGUUACGAGUUCUGCUGAAAGCAAGCCGUUUUAGUGAAAUGCUCCAAUGAAAUCGCAUUGGAGCAUCGGGCAUUUAAUGUAUGAUCUGUCUUGCCCGAAAGCAACUGGUGCCAUUUUCUUCUCCACCUUUUCCAUUCCAGGUUAUAGAUCGUCCCGGAAACUAUGUUGAGCCGACCAUUGUGACUGGCCUUCCACAUAAUGCGCCGAUCGUGCAGACGGAGACGUUUGUCCCUAUUUUGUACGUAAUGAAAUUUAAGGUAAGUUUGGGUGUUAAAGACUCUCUUUCUUUACAUUUUCAAAGGUGGUAGCAUCAUGAAGAAGGGAGGGGAAAUUAAUGGCCCAUAAAAAUGGUGCUGAAUUGCACGAGUCAGCAUCCGAGUAUUGGAAACCUUGAAAUCCUUUCAAGUUUUGAUUGGCAGCUGGCAACAGAACAUUGAGUUGGUGUAUUUUUAAGAUGACAUUUAUUCAGGGACAUUUGUCACCAAAUGGUGUUAAAUAUGUUGGCCAUAGCAUGGGUUGUGUCAGGCAAUAUAUAUUUUUUCUAAUAAUUUUUAUUAGAUUUUCUGUUUUACAAUUUCAUAUAAACAUUUUACAAACUGUAAAAUAUCCAGUGACUUCGCGUCUUCUCUUUUCAUGGUCCAUUUUACGUACCCGACGUCCCUGGAUAUUUUACUAUAACCAUUCAAAUUAGUUUUCCACUUCUACAUCCAUCUAAAAUUAUUUACUCUGUUGAAUUUAUCUUAAUGCUGCCAGCAUUUUCAGCUGUAUACAAUUAUUUUCCAUAUAUUCAAUAAACGUUUUCCAGUCUUUUUUAAACAUGUGUUCUUCUUGCUCUCAUAUUCUAUAUGUUAAAUCUGCAUAUUUUGUCAAAUUGCCAAUCCUCAAAUUUAGUCAAAUUUGUCAAAUUUAGUUGGGACCUCGCUCACUUUCCAUUUUUGGGCUAAGAAAACACGGGCCACAAUUUUCACAUAUAAAUAACCUUUUCUGACACCUGGGAAUUUCAGUCUCGGUUAUCCCCAACAAAAAGGAUUCUGGGGUUUUUUGGGGGGGAAAGUACUUUUAAACAUUUUUUUCAAUUCAUUAUGGAUCAUUUCCCAAUACCCUUUUACCUUUUUACACGUCCACCACAUGUGGAAGAACGUUCCCUCCACUUCGUUACAUUUCCAACACUUAUCUGAUUCUCUCUUAUAAAUCUUAGCUAAUCUACUUGGAGUUAAGUACCAUCUAUGAAUCAUUUUCAAAUAGUUCUUUCAAUGAAUAACAUGCAGUAAAUUUCAGGUCACUUUUCCAGAGUUUCAGAUCUAUAUUGUGUCCUGUAUCUAUUGCCCAGUGUGUCAUUGAAGCUUUAACAAGCUUGUCUUUCAUUUCCCAUUCUAAUAGAAAACUAUAAAUUUUAGACAAAAGUUUAUCCUUACUUUGCAAGAGUUCUUUUUCAGAUUGUGAGCUUUGGUCCAAAAAUCCAUUCUUUCUAUCUAAUUUAAACAUAUCGUGUAACUGGUGAUCUUGCAACCAAUCUGUAACCCAAGGUUUUCCUUGGGUUGUGUCAGGCAAUUUUGGGGCAUCCUUAAUUUUCCUCUCUGGAAAACCAGAGCUCAGGGCGAAAACUCUUGAGCUCCAACACACAACCAAGAGGACUAUGAAAAUUUGGGAGGAUGGAGCAGGGUACUUUAAUUAGAAUGGUACUGCUCUCACAAAACAACAACAGGAGCAUUCAAAAAAGAGUAAAAUAACUGAUAAUUUGGAAAGGAAGGGUGGGCUGGAAGAACAGGGAGCUGAGAAGCAAAGGAAAUGAAGAAAAUACUUUGGUCUGAAAGAACCAUUAAAUGUUCAGUCCUCCAAGUCAGAGACAGAAUUUGAAAAACCUCAAAGAGCCACAUGAGACAAGGCUAUAUUCCCCCUCCAAGGAAGAGGGCUUGGAGAGUCUGGAAAAUCCUUCCCUUCCCUCAUUUAUAUGGAGAUGUUAGUUUCAUGUUGAACAGCUGCAGUGCCAUGUUCAUUUUUAAAAAAUCAAUAGUAAUAAUAAUAAUAAUUUAUACCCUGCCCAUCUGGCUGGGUUCCACUCUGGGCGGCUCCCAACAGAAUAUUAAAAAAGCGAUAAAACAUCAACCUUUAAAAACGGGCCUAAACAGGGCUUCCUUCAGAUAUCUUUUAAAAAUCAGUUGUUUGUUUCUUUGACAUCUGAUGGGAGGGCAUUCCACAGGGCGGGCGCCACCACCAAGAAGGCCCUCUGCCUGCUUCCCUGUAACCUCACUUCUCGACUCAUUUAACAAUGUGCGCUUUCAUUUCCAGACGGAAGAAGAAGCCUUCACAUGGAACAAUGAAGUAAAACAAGGUCUCUCCAGCAGCAUCUUUACCAAAGAUUUGGGCAGGAUAUUCCGCUGGCUUGGGUAUGGCUCUUCCCUUUUCUGUGGACAAAGGUGGGGGAUAUUCUAUUGGAGGGCGGGGUAUUUACAUCAUCUUCAAACAUUGCCUAGAUGAGAUUUCCAACUCCAGCUUCGUUGUUGGAGAUUGGUCCUUCUGGAGAAUUGAGACUGACGUCUGCUUUGGUAAUCGAUUUUCCUUUUUUUACAGGCCAAAGGGAUCAGACUGUGGCAUUGUAAACGUCAAUAUUCCAACCAGUGGGGCUGAAAUUGGAGGUGCCUUUGGUAUGUCCCCCCAUCCCUUCUCCCAAAAAAUUGUUGAAUGCUAUUGGACCUACAAAAAGUUCCUAAAUUUCCAUGCAGAUCCAUAGAUGGGGGUGGUCAUAGUGUACAGAUUAUCUACACAAUUGUGUCUGCUUUUGGAUCCCUCCAGUCUCCCAGCUUUAGUCCAGGGUAUUCGUAGUGUAUUUUGAUGUACAGAUGGAUCCUGUCUGCCCCAUCCCACCCCACGGUCAGGCUGUAAUAAAUUGGGCACCAUCUAGAACAAUGAUGACCAAACUUGGCCCUCCAGCUGUUUCGGGACUACAGCUCACAUCAUCCCUAGCCAACAGGACCAGUGGUCAGGGAUGAUGGGAAUUGUAGUCCCAAAUCAGCUGGAGGUCCAAGUUUGGCCAUCACUGAUCUAGAAGGAAGGGCUUCAGAGUUAGACAUACAUCAAACGCAAAUGUUCCUAUUUAUUCAGCGCAAGUCAAAAAGAUGCCUUAUUCCAAGUUUUGGAGUAAUUGUUUGUUGGAGUAUUUGGAGUACAGUGGUACCUUGGUACUCGAACGGCUUGGCUCCCUAACAAAUCGGCUUCUGAAUGCAGCAAAAGUGAGUGUUCUGGUUUGUGAACGUUUUUUGGAAGCCAGACAUCUGACACUUGGGUGCAGGAAGCUUGUACAGCCAAUCGGAAGCCGCGCCUUGGUUUUCGAACUGUUUCGGGAGUCGAACAGACUCCUGGAAUGGAUUAGGUUCGAGACCCAAGGUCCCGCUGUACAAUGGAACCUCUGUUUUUGAGUGUCUCGGAAGCUGAACGAUUCAGAAGCCGAAUGCCGAAAACCUGGAAGUGAAUUCUUCCGUUUUCAGGCGCGCCUCAGAAUUCGAAUGGCUUCUGAGGCACAUUUCUCCAUUUUUCUCAGUGGAAUUUGCCGACCGCCUGUUGUGCCUCAGUUGUUGAACGUUUCGGAAGUUGAACGGUCUUCCGGAACAGAUUACGUUCAACAACCGAGGUACCACUGUAUCUGUAGAAAAAAUAUGUAGCCUAGGCACUCCUGCUCUUCAAUGCAAUUUCUGUACAGUGGUACCUCAGGUUAUAUACGCUUCAGGUUACAGACUCCGCUAACCCAGAAAUAUUACCCCGGGUUAAGAACCUUGCUUCAGGAUGAGAACAGAAAUCAGGCGGCGGCGGCGCAGCAACAGUGGGAGGCCCCAUUAGCUAAAGUGGUGCUUCAGGUUAAGAACGGACCUCCAGAACGAAUUAAGUACUUAACCCGAGGUACCACUGUAUAAGGUUUUCGUUCUCUAGUUGGAAGAAUGUACUGAAUAUUUCUGGCUUCACGAUGGAAUCCCUGCUAUCAUGAGAGCUGUGAAUUUGAGACAACUUGGGCAUUUUCAGGAGGAUAGAGGAUGCUGAGAUUGUUUAGCCUUCAGUGAGGAGAGGAAAGAGGCUGAAUGUUUCUAUAGUCUGUCUAGAUAUGAGCUUCUUUGAGAAGUGCAAAGCGACAUUCCUUGGUUUUCAACCUGCAACAUCUCUUACCAUCCCCUUCUCCCUAGGCGGUAAUAAACACACUGGAGGCGGAAGGGAAUCUGGCAGCGAUUCGUGGAAGCAAUAUAUGAGACGAUCCACUUGGUAAGAGCUCAGGGGUUAUGGCCAUGUAAAUAUUAUCCGAGUUGCCCUUCCGGGGAAAGCCAAAUAAGCAAAGCAAACCACAAUGUAGCCUUAACCGUAAGUCUAAAGAUGUUAAGGGGGGAAGGAACGCGAAAACAUAAUUUAAUUAACCGAGUAUAUAUCCAAAAUCAAAUGUCAACGUUCACCACAGCCUUCCUCCCUGCAGCUGUUGUUUUAAAAGUAACAAACAAGGCAUGCUAAAUGCAUGUGCGCAUCCUCUAACUUGACCCUAAUUUACUGAGAAUUGGAUUAUAAUUUUGUGUCGUUUCAUUUCUUUUUUUUUAAUGUUACAUUCUUGGUUGAAAAUAAAAAGUACAAAAUCACAAGUGCACAGAGUGAGGUAAGACACGCAAAAAAGGAGAACAUGCAGGAAAUAGUCCCCACAAAAAAAGAUACUGUGUAAAACACACACCAAAAAGGGUGGGGGGGAAUUCUUAUUGUAGUUAACCAGGCCUUAAUUUAAUAGUGUUAUUUCAAUUAAGAAACCACUACACCUAUAUGCCAGAAUGUGGUUUGCUGUAUGACUUGUUCCAUUAGUGUGAUAGCACAGCACUAGAGGGAGCUGUUAAUGUAUAGCUCAAUGUAUUUGCAUAACUGAUUUAAUUAUAUCUGCAUUAUUCAGGUCAGGAAUAAGUCCAACUUGUUUAUUUCCAUCUUAUGUGUGUCCAUGUGUCCUUGUUAUCCUGGCAACCUCAGAGUAGAGAUGUGUACUGUCAGGAACUUUUCUGGCAGAAAACCCAUCAGUGCUUUCCCCCCAAAACUGUGACAUUAGUUUGAAGUUGCUUCAGGUUAAUCCACAUUCUCCUUAUCUCUGUGAGAGUGUUUUUAGAUCUACUUGCCUGCUGUGGGGAACAGGAUUGUGGGCAAACAAACAAACAAUACAGUCGUACCUUGGUUUUCGAACAGCCUAGUUCUUGAACGUUUUGGCUGCCGACCGAUCAAAACCCGGAAGUGACUGUUCUGGUUUGGAAUCCUGUUCUGGUUUGGAAUCUUUUGGAAUCCGAACGUCCGAUGGGCUUCUGCAGCUUCCGAUAGGCUGCAGCCAAUCAGAAGCAACACUUUGGUUUUCAAAUGCUUUGGAAUGGACUUCCAGAGCGGAUUCCGUUUGACUUCCAAGGUACAACUGUAAUAAUAAAAAUAAAUUGUUGUUGUUGUUGUUAUUAACAGCAGAGCAGCAACUUGCAUCUCAUUCAAUGAUACGAAUUCAGGGAUGGGGAACUUGUGACUUUCCAAAUGUUGGGCCUCCCGAUUCCCAUCAGUCCCAGCCAGCAUGACCAGUGGUCAGGGAUGAUGGGAAUUGUAGUCCAACAAGAUCUGGAGAUCUGCAGCUUCUCCAUCACUGUGCCAAACAGAUCCAGAGAUAAUCCUGAAGCCAUAUGAUACGCUGAAUGAAAAUGUAAAUACAAUAAAUGGUUUCUAAAAGCAAUAAUGGAACACAAAAUUGCAAAAGAUGUUCUAUGUUAAAAAUGGCAGCAGAAAAACUGUUAUACAUUGUUGUUGUUGUUAUUAUUAUUAGUUUCAUUUCUUAAUCACUUUAUGCAAAGCAUCCUGAAGUGAUUUACAAAAUAAAAAUGUCCUUAAAAGCAGUUAAAACAAUUGCAUAUGCAAAAAUAAUUUUAAAGAGCAGCUAUAAACAUUAAAAGCCCAAUGUCUUCAAUUUCUCCCCCCCCUUUUUUACAUAAUUUUUAUUAAUUUUUCUGUUUUACAAUUUAGAAUAUUCAUUCAAACAACCUUAAAGUAUCGAUGACUUCCCUUCUCUUUCCAUGGUUCAUUUUGAGUAGCAUAAAUCCCUGCAUAUUUUACAUAAACGAAACCUUUCAGUAUUCCAUUAAUAUAUCCAUCAAAACUUAUUUACACUGUUGAAUUUAUGCUGCCAGCGUUUUCACGUGUACACAAUUUCCCCCCAUAUAUUCAAUAAACAUUUUCCAAUCUACUUUAAACAUAUGUUCUUCUUGUUCUCUUAUUCUAUAUGUUAGAUCUGCAAGCUGCGCAUAUUCCAUCAGUUUAAGUUGCCAUUCUUCUUUGUUUGGGACCUCGCUCAUUUUCCAUUUUAGGGCUAACAAAACGUGGGCUGCAGUAGCGGCCUCCAUAAAUACCCUUCAAUUUCGAUCGAAUUGUUUGAUCCAGUAGGGUUCUUGGCUUUUCCUUUGCUCCUAUAACCUGCAUAUUUUACUUAAUGGCUGGGGCUACCUAGUCGAAUGGGUGUGGUACAAAUAAUAAAUUAUUAUUAUUAUUAUUAUUAUUAUUUAUUAAUUUUCAGUGACCAAAUCUACUUUAUCUGUUUAUCUUUCAGCACCAUCAAUUACAGCAAGGAUUUGCCUUUGGCUCAAGGAAUCAAGUUCCAAUAGCAUCCUUGCAAAUGUGCUACCCUGGCUGAACUUUGCGUUGAAGAAUCAAGUCCCUGUUGAUUUGAAAUGUUGGACAGAACUCCCUGAAAUCAUGUGGCGUUGAGGAGACUUGACUGAUCCAGUGUCCCCGGAGACAUACCAAGGGUCCCUUGUGGCCCCUGGCCCCAAAUCCCUUUGCCGCGAUAGCCGUAUCAAAAAGGACUGCAUUUUAUGGAACCCAAGUACUCAAAAGGGUCUGGAGAGGAGGAAGGCUGAAAAAAAGCUGUCUUUGUGCUGCAGUGUGAGGACGGCGGGAACAUUCUCCUACGUCUUAUCUCUCGGUGCAUCACAACACAAAUAUACAGGCAUACCUCGUUUCAUUGCGCUUCAGUUCAUGGCCCUUUGCACAUAUUUUUCCUGGCCACUUCCAGGGUUAGGAAGCCCCACAUCCCAAAUGCCGCCCCACUUUUGGCCGCAGAAGUGGAGUUGAAGCCGUUUCCCCCCACCUCUGCCCCCGCAGCCAGGCGAGCCGGCUUAAUAGACUAUAGUACAGUGCAAACAUAACUUUUAUAUACGCACUGGGAAACCCCUCAAAAUUGUGUGACUUGCUUUAUAUUGCAAAUUCGGCUCGCCGCAAUAUCUCCGAGGUAUGCCUGUAUAUCAUGCACUCCGUAAUCGUCUGCCUUCAAACCGCCUUGCCAUUGCUCCUACUGCUCAGCUCCCAAUCUUACACAGACGACUGGAAACAGAUUUUGGGGGGUGAUUUUUGCAUCCACCUCCUCCCCCCCGGGCCAAUUUGGUCGACCCCCAGGUAUGUCCCCGAGAGUUCCUUUCCAGAAAUCCCAGUUAGGCAGAAUAUUUGCACACAUUCUAAUCAUGGAUCCUGGACUCUGACGCUGUACUUGAGUCCCAGCGAAGCACCUGUAUCACUUUGAAUUUUAGAUCAUGACCUACAAAAUUCUACAAUGCCGCCUGUGCCUGUUGCAUUGGUCACGCACAACGAAACUGUGCCAAAGUGUAUUGGAAAGGAUUCCUAUGUAGCUGGUUGCAAUGCAGAAAUAAAACUUCUACAUUUCUUGCUAUCCU